GGCGGGGCGCGCCUAGGUGAGUGAGUCGUCCCCCUAAAGCCCCCAGCACCCCUGCUCCGGGUACCGGUGUUAGCUUCCCCUUCUGGCCCUUGGCAGCGCGGGCUCCGCGGCUGGCUGCACCGCGGCGGGGCUAGACCCAGUUCGGCUCCAUCUUGGCGCCAGGCACCUGUGGCGACCGCAGGAGCAGCGCUUCCGCCGGCCUGUGCGGCCCUGGAGGCGACAGGGCAGCCAUGAGUUCUAGCCACCCUGAACCAGGUGCCCGGGAACCCCAGAGUCCCCGUCCACAGGUCCUGUCCCAGAGUUCUUCCAGCUUGUUGAGUGGAGGCCAGGAACAGAGGCCAGAGCUUCGCAAGAGUGCCAGCAGCACUGUGUGGCGGGCCCAGCAGGGUGAGGCCAGUUCUAGUCCCCGGACCCUGCAGGAUGAGGGGUGCCAGACUGAGAUCAUGGAGCAUGCGCAGACCACAAGCACUCCGUCACAGGCUGGUACUGGAGGCCACUGGAGGAGCAGCACUGUUGGUAAUGUGUCUACCAUGGGCAUUGGUGACCUGUGUCGCCUACGGGCCCCCAGCGUGGCAGCUGUGCAGAGGAGUCACUCAGACUUGGUCCAUAGUACCCAGACCCGGGGUCAUGGCAGUGUUCAGAAGCCCAGUCUGAGCUGUUCUGCCCUGGGCAGCUCACCUGUCCACAGGGCUCAGCUGCAGCCUGGCAGUGUCACUGGCCAAGGUGGCCAGACCCCUGCGCUCCUGCAAAGUGACUCAGCUCCAGAGGAUGGGACUUCUAAAUCAGCCUGCACAUUGGGGGAGAGUCAGGUGUGGGUGCCGACCGUAGAACUAGAAGAUACAACUGGUCUCCUCCGCCGUCCGCGGGGUGAGCCCGAAGCUACUGGACAGCCACCCGCCACUUCCUGCCACGCUCUGCCUCCAGCAGCUCUGCUCUGCACCCUGGGGGAGGCUGUAGCUGGUAGCUGUUGCCAUGCCCUACCUGCCAAAGGCAUCCUGGCCUUUCCCAAAUUGGUGGCGUCUGUCAGUGAGUCUGGGUUGCAGGCCCAGUGUGGGGUGAAAUUCCACUGUAAGUUGUCUGGGGGGAUUUCUGGGCACCCUCACUGCUGUGUCCACCCUUGGGGGCCUACGGGGCUAGUAGCUACAGAGUCUGGCUCCAGGACCAAAGAUGUGUGGACCAUGACCUCAGCCACUGAUUUGGCUCUGGGAGUGGCCUCCGCCCAGGAUGCUGGGGUUCAGGCAGCUCCCACGGCAGCCUGCAAGGCUGUAGCUACCAGCCCAUCCCUGGAGGCACCCGAGACUCUGAACAUAUUUCCAGAGGUAAUGCUGGGGUCCAGCCUACAAGAGGCGUCAUCGCCUGUGAGGGAUGUACGAUGGGAUGCCGAGGGCAUGACAUGGGAGGUGUAUGGAGCCUCUGUGGACCCUGAAGUGCUCGGCAUCGCCAUCCAGAAGCACCUGGAGAUGCAGUUUGAGCAGCUGCAGCAGGCGCCAGCCAGUGAGGACAGCCUGUCUGUGGAGGGCCGGAGGGGCCCCCUGCGGGCGGUCAUGCAGUCACUGAGGCGCCCCAGCUGCUGUGGCUGCUCUGGAGCUGCUCCAGAAUGAGGAAUUGUGACCCUGAAACUGGCCAUGACUCUAGACUUGGUCCUAGGCCAGUGACAGGCACAGUGGAGACUCCGUGUCACCAGAACCCACCCUCUAACUUGAAUACCAGCCUUGCUUGGGCUUGUGGUUCCAUGCAGCUGGGCUGUCUUUUAAGGGCUUGAUUCCCAGGAGCCACUUCUCUAUCCAUUCUGGGCUCUGAGCUGUGGGACAGGGAUUUUGCACUGCACAGAAUUGAAAUCCUGAUUUCCUGUAAAAGUACUUAACCUUUUGUUUAGUCUACCCCACAGACCUUGGCUGUCACUCCCCUGUGACUCUUGGUGGUUUUGUUUUUAAUAGAAUUGCUAGGAACUAAUGAAUUUUGACAUUACACAGGAGGCCCCGGAUGGUGGGAUUGCCCCAGUCUUUGGAGAACUGGCCUUACCAGAGGACUCCUCCUGCACACCACAUGCUCGUCACCUAACUUUGUUGAGGUUCCUCCUCUUUACCCCACUUUCCAGAUGUCACAGCAGAAGUCUUGUAAAGAUCUAGCUGAUGAGCUCUGAGGUGUAGUUCCAUAUAGAAUGAAAGGCUUAGAGCCUGGGCUAGCCCAGCCCUGGUAUUAGCCUGGGACACACACCUAGGCCAGCUCAGUGUAGCUGAGGACAGGGAGGACUAACCGAGUGUACAUUCUCUGCCAGGUUCUGGGGCUCUGUGAAACACAGCCUCUGCCCAUGAAGUAUUGGCACCUGGACAUUACAGAAGGGCUGCUUGUAUCCUUGGAGGGGACUUCCCAAAAGCCUGCCCUGCAGGUCACUGUGCCAGGCUCCCUGCCUCAGGAAGUAGAGAACAAGUAGCCACCUGUCCCCAAAUGUAUUGCAGUGCUCGAAAGGGUGCCACUACUGCCCCACUUUAUAGGUUUUUGUCCUAGCUGGUGCAAUUCUCCUGGGAGGGAGCCUGGCUUUGGGGGUGGAGGUGCUGGAUUUGGGGCCCCUAGAGCCGAGAGACUCUGAAUGUCAGGGUUUAGAAAUGGCCUGUGUGUGUUAGGAAUGCCCUAGCAUGGGCUGGGCAGUGGGAACCAGUAGAUGUGGGUGGGGAGAGGGACACAGAGUCUUUCCCUGCCUGGUUUUAUUGCCCAAGGGCUUCUUAAGGCUCAGGAUGAUGAGGGUAGUCUGCUGAAGACCCUGGACUCUUGGGUUAUAGCUCCUCUAGUCAUACAUGUGGGACAGCUCCAGGGUUAGGUAGACUCAGGGCUUCAGGCCUGAGUUCCUGUAGGAUUGAAGCUCUAAUAGGCUGGGCAAGGGGAGGCUGAGGGCACUCCUGGAACCACAGGGACCGAGAGGUGGCUUAUCUGCCCUGUCAGCAAGGUCCUGUUGAUGUUGAGGUAGGGAAACUGUAACAGAGGCCUUUGGCUUGGAGCAGAAAUGGCAUGCCAGUGGAUCAAAGAAGCAAGGCUAGAUAGGCUGGCUCCAGGUGAGAAGCCUCAUAGUAGGGUAGUCUUACUGGUACUAUGCCUUUCCCAGGGAUUAAGCGCACUCCUUACAGACAUGGCAUGUCUGAAUAUUUGUGUGACACAAGGCAAGUGCCGGUGCUCUGGUGUAUGGCAUAUGGUCACCUUGUCUUCUUCGUACAUGGGUACGAGCAGCCCAGCCUUGGAACCUGAAUGGAAGUGGACAAAUGGCUGUGGGGACAUGGGGCAAUGGUACCUUCACAUUGGGCCACAGCUGAGAAGGCUUUUGACACAGAGGGCCUAUGCAGGUGGGUGGAGUGGGGGACAGCAGAUGUUCAGCUGGGAUAUGGUGAACCACUAUUGGGCAGGUACCAUAGGGUGUUCAUCAGCCGGGAAGCUGGCUUGAUUGUCUGUGGCAAGCAUUAUGGGAUCUAUGGAAGGUGGGGGCAGAGUACUACACCAAUGUCUGCCGUAUGUUUCGUGAGAAGGAAGUCAAGGAGGCUGAGGUCCUUUCAUUUGAGGUAGGAGGGCAGAUGAGGGUGGGUGGGUGGGCAGUCUUUGGAGGUCCACAUGGAGGAUAACAACCACAGGACUUGCCUGGUAGCAGCGGAACCUACUGGACAGAGACCUUCUCCUCUGCUACGUGCAGAUCUCAAGUUCUUUGUUGGGCAGAUUGUGCCAACCUGCAAUUCCCAUGGUGCAUCUGUUACCCAGAUGAAAGCCAGGCUGGACUCAACUGUAGGUCAGGAUAGACCAGCCACCCACCCAUUUAGCUUCAUCCUGACUGAUAAACAUUUGUAUGAUGGUGCUAGAACUGAGCCCAGUCUGUGCGUUGGUUGGAAUCCCUAGAACACCCAGUAGCUGAGCUAUAUGGCCUCUGUCCUCAGAUCUGCUCAUGGCACCUGUGACUUAAUUUCUGAAUUAGACACAUUCCUAUUCCCUAUCAGGCCCCUCUGGGUAAGGCCUGAUUUGAGUAGUGGGCCAGGGCCUGUUGAACAAGGUCACUGACUUUCCUUAUAGAUUUCUGCUCUAGAUCUCUGGCUGGACAUUUGGGAAUCCCUUUUGGAGAUGAUGGAUCUCACUAUAUAUGUUUAUCUUAUUUUGAAUAAAAAACAAAUACAAGUUGAGAGAUCAGAGCUUUGACAGGUCUUGGCAGAAAGGGGGCAUUGGACAUGGCUAGUCUUGUUUCCUUUGUUCUGGUAAGUUCUGUCCUCUGAGGCAUGAACCCUAGAGUCCAAGGGCUCUGCGUCCUGGUGGGUCUUGCCCUCUCUCUUCUGGGGCCAUCCCCUUCUGUCUAGUCGUUCUCCUUUGGAGAGCAUUGGGUGUCUAGGACAGAUGAAGUCUGGCUUCCUGAAGCUUACCACCCCCAAGACUGCCUUUCUGUGGGCAACACACAGGAGUAUAUAUAUCCCUUGUCUGGUUCUGUUACCAUCACCAUCUUACGGAACUACUUCAAAUGUAGGCUCUUUACCUGCUGGCAGUCACAGUGCUGGGGAGGGAAGAGUCCUCUUCCCCUUAGAUGUCAUUUGUUUGUGUCUCUGACCCCUGGACAUGUUAGUAAUAGUAGCUGAACUGUACCCUCCCCAUGUAGAUUCUAAUGCUUUGGGUUUGGGAUGGGCCACGGUAGUCUAUGUGUCUAGAGCAGGAAAUUGAAUUCUGGAUUCACAUUGGUGUUCGUAAACUCUUGGGCUAGACACCAGCUCUGAAGACCUGCAACUUCUUCAGCUCUAAAAUGGGGUUGAAGCUGUAUUUUAGCUUUGGCCUGUGAGAGUGAAGUUUCAUAACCCAUGUAAAGUACCUGGCUCCACUUAGUGUUGGUCUCACAUGCUGGUGUUGCCUAGGGUUUCAUGACCACAGGAGGCAGCCUGGCUGCCACCACAGUCCACUUGGCCUUCCCUUAAAGUUCCUUCUUCAGAGCCUCAUCCCAGCUUCUUCACCCCCAGCUUUGUGCCCUGAAUAGGACAUGUGCCUUCUGGCUGGGAGCCUCUGAAACCAUAGCUCCAAGAGCCAGGCAGAGAAGAUCCUCUCCCUACCAGUCCGCUGAGGUGAGGAGAAUGAGGUAGGGAAGGACAGAAACCAAGCAAGGAUGUGACUUGAGGCCAAUCUAGGCUCUACAGCGGAGUUUGGGUUUUCCCAGGUGGACAGUAGACCCCAAGCUCUUAAGAUCUUGGGUAUGUAGGCUUGGGAGCUCCAGGUCCUUGGGGGCAGGCCUCUGUAGUGAGCCUUAGUAGGAUCUGUCCCAAAGGGAGUACUGUGUACCCAAAGAGAGAUGCAUUUGUGCCUGCUUCUGCCCGUCACCUAGUAUAUGUGGCCUGUGGUCCACACGCUGCCCAGGCCUUUUCCUCUAGAUACUAUUUAGAAGCAGUUCUGCCACACUAGUGUACCUGCCAGGUGAUCUUGAUUAAAGGUGAAGCUUGGCCUCUGUCCACACUGAAUUCCUUCUCGUUUGUCAUUUGGCCUGGCCCAGUUUUGUCAUCUGAAGGUAUGCCUAGUCAGUCUUUCAUGAGUUCUCAUCCAACUUGUCAGGCAGGGCUGGGUCCCUGUUGAGUCUGAAGUGGGGCUCUAGAUUACUCUAUUGUCGUCAUGGCCCCCAGCCCCUCCCACAAUGCACAACCACAUCACUGGGGGAGUCAUUCGUGGAAAAUUUGUUAAGACUAGCAUUACUUAAACCAAGUCCCAGGACCCUCUUCUUCAGCAUAGAAGGAAGCUGGUAUGGUCUAACAGGAUUCACUCAGCAGCCCAGCCUCCCUUUACCAUCUUAACUGCUUCUAUUUGACACACUGUUCUAGAAGUUUGAGAUUAGUAAGCUCAGUGGCACCUGAGGGGGCGUGCCCCUCUCUGAGGAGAAGGGGAAGGGGCAAUGGGAGAAGGAUUCCUAAGGAUGGGACUGGAAGGGGGGAGCUGUGAGUGGGAUGUAAAGUGAAUAAAAAAAAAUUUGCUUACUCUGCCUUCUCAUCCUUUGGGGAACAGAGGCCAGCUCCACCUUUGGCCUUGGCAUAGCACCUGCUUAGCCUUGAUCCCCUGAGGCUUCUGUUCUAGCACAGUCCCUAACCUGCUAGAUUCCUGGAAGAUGAUCUUGAGGGUCAGAAAGGAGCCUCCUCAAUGUCUGUCCUAUAGAAAGAACCUCCUUAGAAACACCCUACAGUUUACCCACUUCUAGGGAGGGAAUCCCUAGAAGGCUCUGGGGACCAUGUUGAUCUGUAGGCUUGGGAGAGCAGGGGAUUGGUGCAGGUGCUGGGGUCACACACAGAGAGGUAAGAGCACCAGGGAAAGGUGAAGAUGCUAAAAACCUGAGCCAAACCACAGCGGCACGGGCUGGUGGGAUUGAGGCCGAUGGGCAGUGUCAGACUCUUACUGCAAGAGCUGGGCAUGUGUCACCUUUGCUGUCCUUGAGUGGUGACUCUGCAGGAGUCGUGCUGAGUCAUGGGCCACCCUCCCCCUUGCUGAGAGCCAGAGACAGUGCAGCCAGGAGGGAGGUCUGGUCCCUGUAACAGGAGCUCUUUAAACAGAUAGCCUACAGUCCAUCUUUCAUGGGCUCCCAUUAUUAGGAGGGAGAUGAAUUGGGGGUUAAAGCUCAAGCUAUGAGGAAUAUUCAGUUUUAAGGUGCCCACAGACUUGCCCAGUCUGUCCUGGCUGUCUGGGGACUUUUCACUUCAAGGCAUCUUUCUAGAAAAAGACCUACAGUGCCUUUUUUUUUUUUUUAAAUUGUUGUUGUUUGCAUCAUGUCUGUGCAGCCAAGAGCAAACUGGCCUCUUACCCUCUCCCAUAGAUGUUCUUUCUCCGGCAUCUCUUUCUCUUUUCUGUCUCCACUCCUCUUGUCCCUAAGAACACUUUGUCUCUCCACUGUCCCAAUAUUCCUUGUUCCUGGAGCCUCCUUCAGUUUAUGUCAGAGGUCUGUCUGGCCUUGGUCCUAUCACUCCAAACCUGAGGCUUUCUCUUCACAUGGCCUAGAAUAUUUCCCUUAGGCCAUGGCUUAGUCUGGGUCUCAGCGUCCUUGAUUUUCGAGGGCUUAGGCCCUUUCCCUCUUACUUUGUUUUCCUUUGGACAUAAACUAAAUGACCAAGUUUGCAAAACAACUUCUGAGCAGAUCCUUAGACAGGAAGGCCUCACUGGGGUUGCUCUGGGAAAUGGAGAUUGAAGAAACAGAAAGCGAUUGUCAGUGGUCCUGCUGGGUGACCACAGGGACUGAGGUCGGAGAGAAGGGCAUCCUAGAGUCCUAGGUUUGGUGGGCACGCUUGCUGGCUUAAGGUACAUCUUCUCUUCUUUCAUAAGUUUGGAACCUUGCUUGGCUUGUCAUUAGAUUUGGGUGUGGUUUGAGCCUCCAUGUAGGGUGGGAACAAGCACACCAUCCUAUUUUUGUGCCUUUCCUGUGUGGAACUAGGCUCCUAUCCAGUAAGUCAGGAUUAGAGACUGGGUCAGGAGAUUUCUGAUUUUGAUACCAGCUGCCCAUAUCUGCCUCCUAGAUCCGAGCAGAGCUGAAGCAAGGGGCCUCUGUAGGUCUGGAACUUCCCAUGUGUUCCCCCAGAGCUAACCUGGGAUGCUGGAGCCUAGGAGGAAAGAAAGAAUUGUUUUCUCACCCCAUACCCCUUGUGCUGCCUCCUUGGCACCCCUCCCCCACUAUAGCUGUGUGGUCCUGUUCCUUCUUUUCUUUGCUCAGUUUUAAACAAGGGUCUGAGAAGACAAUGGCCGUGGAUGACAUUUUGUAUGCAAGCUUCCUGGACGUGUUACUUUGGGAGAGUUUCUGGUUUUCUUAGCGUAGCAUUGGCGAUACUGGAGGAGGGUUUCUUAUGUGGGUUUCCAUUCCUAAAUGCACUGGGCACAGUGAGGUUGACUCUCCUCUGGGCAGGGCAGGAAUAGGAAAGUAGUCACAAGUCAGUGGCUUGGAAAUAGUGCCGAGCAUUGCUGAGACCCAAGUCAGCAAGGAUGUCCUGCUUUAUUGGAGAUGUUUUACUAUUUUAUAUUGUCAUUAGUUCUGGUUCUAAGAUGUUACAUUAAAACAUUACUUGUCUUAAUUACAAAGUCUUUUGGCUGCUUUCACAGUUGUGUCUUAGCCACUGCCUGAUUACCAGGUCCAGGGUCUUGAGUCCCUUUCGUUCUCACCUGCUUUGGAACUAGGAGUUAAGAGUAGAGGCCGACUUUCCAGCCAAGGCUGCAGCUGCUCCACACCAUCAGCAGAGUGACCAGACGCCCUCUAGUGGGAAGGUGGGGCGCAGCAUGAGAUCCACCUACUGGGUGGAGCCUCUAGUGGGGGUAGGGAAGUAUCUAUCAACCCUGUUCAGUUUCUCCCUGGAGACUGAAGCUCCCGUGGCUGGUGGAAGGCCCAUCAGGGCAGACAGUCAUUUCACUGCGACAUCCAUUUCUAACAUUAAUUCCCUUGCUGUGAGACUCUAGUCUGAUCUGGAACACAGGUAGAGGAUCCAGAGAAGACAAAGCUAGAGAAGGCAGAGCCAGUGCAGUAGCCCACGCUGCUGCUGGGAGAGCGGACAACACUCAUUCUCCAGAUGGGCUGUUUGAGAGUCAGAAUGGGAACCUUCCUUGCUCCUCCCACCUAGCCCACGUGGCUGUGUAGGCCUUUGACUCAACCUUCAACAUUUCACGCCUCAAAUGUGCGUGGAUAUUUUAUCAAAGAAAGUCUCCCCAGGCCUGAGGAAAAGGCGUGGAUCAUCAGGGCUGUCCCCAUUCCAGGCAUGUUUGGCAGAAGAGACCAGAGGGAGGGGAAUGCUAGUAGUCUAGAUAUGAAGUUCUAGUGUCACUGGUAGUGACGAAGAGACAGACCAGCUCCUUCUGGGGAGGCAGCAUCUCUACCUGGCGGUCCAGGCUGGCUGGUAAUCAAAGCAUAAUGGGAGCCUGGAAAGGGACUGGGGAGAGCCUGCUUCUUACAGAAGGAUUUCACAGAGGGAAGGGCUGAGGGAAGUGAAUGUGAGCUGGCGCCCUGGCUUCUCUGCCUACGUGAGGGAGGGGCAGGGUUACUGUCCAGGCAAGCAUUCCCCUCACUCCAGGUCACAUGACCUCUCGGGUGCUGUCUUAGGAUCUCUUGGCUUCGAGUAACUGAAUCGUGAACUGAAGGUUACCUGGAUGGUUAGAAUGUUCCCUUCCCGCUUAAGAAUUCAGGAGGUCUCUGGUUCCAGGGCUGUUUCUGUGGCUCAGCACAGAGAUCAAGGAGUCAAGUUCUUUCCAGGUAUCUGCUCUGCCAUCUUUAGGGGCUUAGUGAGGCCUGACCUCACGGUCAUAUGAUAGCUGCUGCACUUCCAGGCAUCAUGCUCUCAUCCAAAGCUGCCACAAGCAGAUCUUCACACACUCACUUGAAGGACUGAAAAUUGGGUUCUUAGGAUGGUUCAUAAAAUAAUUUAAAAAUGCAACAAAGCCAAUUUUACUAGGCUCUGCGAGGAGAGGAAAAAUGGCAGGCAAGCUAUAAGUCUGAGAGGUUGCCAGGAGGAGGGAGAUGGAGAAGAGAGAUGCUCACAGGGGUAGAGUUAGGCCGGCAUGUUGAGCUGUGAGGGUCAGUAAGCAGUCACCUGGCAGACUAACAGAUAGCUGCAUGGUGGAUACAGGAGGGACAGCUUCAGAGAAAGAGAGAAAAAGCCCAGAGUGUCAGGAACUCACACCUAGACCUUGUCCAGCAUCUGAAAGCAAAAGAAACAGGAGAAAAAGAAGAAGUUAUGUUUUCACGAGUAACUCAGAAAUGUAAGCAGGUUUUCCAGUUGCCGUAGAGAAAAUAUUCAGCAAGCAUCUGCACUGAGGGAGGGCCUUCUGGGAGGGAUGAGUUCAUCAUCUCAUUAAAGGGAGAACUUUAGUCUUCUCCUCGCCUUAGCAUGUCUUCAGGCAAACCAAACAGGAAAGGGAAGUUAGCAGGGUGGGGAGCCAGGGUGGGGGUGGGUCCUGGCCAGGUGAUUGACAGACCCAGUUGCAUUAACUCUUAAAAGGAAGAGAUAAUAGAAUAUAAUGUUGCUCUCUUGUCUUCUGGCCUGGCAACUAGUGGACUCUAUGACAUAUAUCGUUUUAACCUUUUCAGAAUGUCAUCUGUUGGGACUCAUGCGACAUUGAGCCUUUACAGACUGACUUCUCUCACCUAGUGAGGUGGAGUUGAGCUUCCCUUGGGUCCAGCAGCUCUUGGGUCCAGCAGCUCGGAAGCCAUCUUGGGACAGCUCCUCCCUCUCACAAAUAUUGACUGGCACCCUACUGAGACAUUACCUGUGAGUAAAGGACUUCCUAGCAUCAGGCUCUGUCACCUGGGAAGUGAGUUUACAGCAAAGGGGUACUGGGAUGGCCACACAUCUUGCUCCCCACCCUGAAGGUUGUGCUGUGCAUCGAGCUGGCUGUGGCUUGUGCUGUAAAACCUUCCCAUCCUCAGAAACAAACUCUCUUUUGCCAUGUGGGCUCUGAUUCCUCGUUUCAGAGGCUGGGCCAUGCUGCCUGUCUCUUGUGCUGGAACUGAGCUCCCCUUGGAGCCUCCAUCAUGGCUGUUGCCUCUCUGUCUGUCUGUCCAUGUCAUUUAUAACUUUUUUCAUAAACUCUGUACUCCCCAAGAAUCUGUCUUGCUGUCCUUCUAGAAUCCCCCUUUGGAAUCUUUCUGUCUGCUCACUUCUUUUUAGUGCUGAGUAGUAUUCCAUUAUAUGGAUGUACCAGAGAGUGUCAGUCCUGAUGAGGGCCGUCUUGUUUGCUGUAUGUUUGGACUGUAUAAAUAAAACAUCUACAGACACCAUCAUAUAGAUGCAACAAAAGUCCAGCUCGAUUGGUAAAUUCUUAGGAGCAUGAUUCUGGAUUAAGUGGUCAGACUAGGUCCUAGCACUAGAAGAAACGCCAAAUCAAACCUCUCUCUCACAGCAGCUGCCCAAAUUUGUAUUCUUGCUAGCAAAGUGUGAGAGGUUUAUGUCUCAUCUUCUUAUUCCUGGUUAUUACACAGCUAGGAGCAUUAAUGAGUGAGUAUCAGUGUGUACAGAAUUUUAUGGGUAUGUGUGAGACUGUCUGUAGAGUAACGUUUCAAAAAGAUUUUUAUCUGCAAUACCCGAAAACGCUCAUUUCCACACCCACAUUUAUCAAGCUUUAAUAUUUUGGCAAUUUGACAAGUGAAAAAAAAAAAAAAAAGGCUGUUUCCCGAAGGCUUCCACUGUGAGAGAGCAAGGUGGUGCUCUGACUGUCUGGGUGAGGCCCUUUCACUGGUGACUCUCAAGCUGUGCAAUGUUGGGUAAGUGACUGAAUGUCUCUGGGCAUUGGUCCCUCCACCUAGAAUGUGAAGAUAGCUCCGAUCCUUGCCUUGUUAACUGGACUUGAGGACUCAAAGGUAUGCAUCAUGUAAAAUGCUAACAUGUCCCUGUCUUUAAGUGGUAAGUUAAUGAAUAUUAUUGUGUAAUAUGUUUAUAACAAUUUGGACUUCUUAGCUUAUGAUCUGGUGGUUCAUAAUAAUUUCUCAUUUUCUCUGGAUUCUUCUUUUGCAUAUUAACUGAUUAGAGCUCUUUGUAUUUUAAUAAAUUUCAUAUAUACAUCA